GAAAGAAUAAGAUAAUGCGAGAAAAUAGGCGUACGCAAAAUGUGUCCUCACAUCCUGUUUUUCACUUCCUCCUCAAUGGUCGUGAAUGAACCAGUUUCGGACGGUCUGUAUGCGCAUGGAAUAUACCACAGCACAUUGUCAAUAUUGCACACGCGCCCUUUCUGUGGACACUUUACAGGCCACAUCAAUUGUAGAAGACAUUUGUGCGCGGUGAAAUUCUGAAUCCGUAUUUUUCCCGCAAUAUGAGUGAUUUCUGAUAGCAAGAGGCCAGAGGGUUCUGUGGGACCUUUAAACACUUUUGACAGGAUGGAGAAGAAAGACGUGAAGAUCAUCAACCAGGGCCUGGAGGACGAGAUGGAGGUGUGGGGUUACCGGCCGUGCCCCUGGAAGAUGGUUCUGGUGGCCGUUGGGGCGGUGUGCACCGGGGGGCUGCUGUUUCUGGUGCUCUACUGGCUGCCUGAGUGGGGAGUGAGAGGGACCUGCACACGGACCCCCUUCAUCAGGGAGUCCCAGACACUGCUGCUAAGAUCCACAGACGAGUUUAGGAGAUGGUUCCGGGCCAAGGUACAUGUGAUGCUAGCCCCUGGAAAGAGACCCUUUGAAGGUGUCGAUCUCCUAAGCCCUCUGCACAUACCUAAUGGGGACAGUAUACACUCCUUCAGUGCCCUCCAAGAUGAACUUCAGGGAAAAUACGUCCAUAUCCAGCCAGUUCAGGUUUGCUACUUCACCCACCACAGCACAAAAUACUACUGGGAUGAUCUGCUUCAGAAUUUUGAAGUGUUUAAAGGUUUGGAGGAUGUCAGGGUGACUUGUUCCAGCAUCCACACUGACCACAGCUCUGGUCUCAGCAAACUACUUCAGGACUACAGGAGACUGUUCUUUGACGUAAAUGAAAUAGCAGUUAAGGUGCCAUCUGUGUUCAAGCUACUCAUAAAAGAGGUUCUGAAUCCAUUCUACAUAUUCCAGCUCUUCAGCGUGAUUCUGUGGAGCAUUGAACAGUAUUACUACUACGCCGCUGCCAUAGUCUUCAUGUCUGUCAUAUCCAUAGCUACCUCGCUGUACACCAUCAAGAAGCAAUACAUCAUGCUGCAUGACAUGGUGGCGACACACAGUAUUGUACGUGUCUCAGUGUGCAGAGGGACUCGAGAUGUCGAGGAGGCCAUGUCCACAGAGCUGGUCCCCGGUGAUGUCAUCGUCAUCCCGUCCAAUGGAAUGAUCAUGCCCUGUGAUGCCGUGCUGGUUCAUGGAAACUGCAUCGUCAACGAGAGCAUGCUGACAGGUGAGAGUGUGCCUGUCACCAAGACCAGCCUACCCAGCUCAGGAGAAGAUGGGGCUGGCGUCUAUAGCAUAGAGGAACACAAGAGACACACGCUGUUCUGUGGGACUCACAUCAUUCAGACCCGCUUCUACACCGGGGAACUGGUCAAGGCCGUGGUGGUCAGGACUGGUUUCAGCACAGAGAAGGGCCAGCUGGUGCGCUCCAUCCUGUACCCCAAGCCCACUGACUUCAAGCUGUACAGAGAUGCCUAUCUCUUCCUGCUCUGUCUGGUGGGAGUGGCCGGCAUUGGCUUCAUCUACACCAUCGUCCUCAGCAUCAUAAACCAGGUUCCAGCCAAAACCAUAGUGGUUGAAUCUCUGGACAUUAUCACCAUCACGGUGCCCCCGGCGCUGCCUGCAGCCAUGACAGCUGGCAUCGUCUAUGCCCAGCGCCGGCUGAAACGUGUGGGUAUCUUCUGCAUCAGCCCCCAGAGGAUCAACAUCUGUGGCCAACUCAACCUCGUCUGCUUCGACAAGACUGGUACUCUCACUGAAGAUGGUUUGGACCUUUGGGGGAUCCAGAGAGUUGAAAAUGGCAGUUUCUCUCCCCCAGAGGAUGACCCAGCCAAUGAGACACUAGUCAGGUCCUCGUUUGUGUCUUGCAUGGCCACCUGCCACUCUCUGACCAAGCUAGAGGGAGAACUCUCCGGAGACCCAAUGGACCUCAAGAUGUUCAACGCUACAGGCUGGAUUCUAGAGGAGCCAACAGAGGAAGAAACAGCCCUCCACAAUCCCAUAAUGCCCACCGUGGUGCGGCCACCCAAACAGGUGCUCCCAGAGGUCAACCAGGAAGUCAAUCUAGCACAGAACAUGGAGUUGUCUGAGCUGACGUUGUCCUAUGAGAUUGGGAUCGUCCGCCAGUUUCCAUUCUCGUCGGCUCUACAGAGGAUGAGUGUGGUGGUCCGGAAGCUGGGGGAGAAGCGCAUGGACGCCUACCUCAAGGGGGCGCCAGAGGUUGUGGCCAGCCUCUGCGCAGAGGACACAAUACCAGAGAGCUUCACAGAGACCUUGGAGUUUUACACCAGGCAGGGGUUCAGAGUCAUAGCCUUGGCCCAUCGCCAGCUGGAGGCCAAACUCUCCUGGCACAAGGUCCAGAACCUCAACAGAGAUCUCAUAGAGACCAAUAUGGAGUUCCUUGGGCUCAUAAUCAUGGAAAACAAGCUAAAGGAAGAGACUUCUGGGGUUUUAAAAGACCUGCGACGUGCAAACAUCCGCACUGUGAUGGUUACAGGCGAUAAUAUGCUAACCGCUAUAUCAGUAGCCAGGGACUGUGGGAUGAUAACCCCUCAUGAGAGGGUCAUCGUAGCAGACGCCACACCUCCCAAAGACAUCCAGCCUGCUACGAUCAAUUGGCACUACACAGAGAACCACGCCACCAGCAAAGACAACCGUGUUGAGUCAGCGGAAAUCAGCCUUGACGAUGUAGGCCAUGAGGCUUAUGGUGAGCAGCACAAGCAGCAGGAGCAGGGCUACCAUUUCGCCAUGAGUGGCAGGUCCUUUGCUGUCAUCACCGAACACUUCCCUGACCUAGUCCAAAAGCUGGCACUGCAUGCCACAAUAUUCGCCCGCAUGGCUCCUGACCAGAAGACUCAGCUGGUAGAGGUCCUACAGAGUGUGGACUAUACUGUAGGGAUGUGUGGUGAUGGUGCCAAUGACUGUGGCGCCCUAAAGAGAGCUCACAGUGGGAUCUCUCUGUCAGAGCUGGAGGCCUCGGUCGCCUCCCCCUUCACCUCCUCCACCGCCAACAUCUCCUGUGUGCCCAACCUCAUUAGAGAGGGGAGAGCUGCUCUCAUCACUUCCUUCUGUGUGUUCAAGUUCAUGGCCCUGUACAGCAUCAUCCAGUACCUCAGUGUCACGCUCCUCUACUCUAUCCUCAGCAACCUGGGAGACUUCCAGUUCCUCUUCAUUGACGUUGCUAUCAUUCUGAUCAUUGCCUUCACAAUGAGUCUGAACCCGGCGUGGAAGGUUCUGGUGGCGCAGCGCCCCCCGUCCAGUCUAAUCUCAGGCCCUCUGCUGUUCUCCGUGCUGACCCAGAUCCUCACCUGUCUGGCCUUCCAGAUCCUGGCCUUCCUCUGGGUCCGGGGCCAGAACUGGUACGAGAAAUGGACGCCCCUCUCAGAUGCUUGUAAUGUUUCCAGUGCCAAUCUCACCCAUGGUCCCAACAUAACGUCACAUGUCGACCACAAGAACAUUAGGAACUAUGAGAACACUACACUCUUCUACGUCUCCUCCUUCCAGUACCUGGCAGUGGCCAUCAUCUUCUCCAAAGGAAAACCUUUCAGACAGCCAAGCUAUAAAAACUGGCCGUUCAUGCUAUCCUGUAUGGCUCUGUACAUAUUCCUCUUCAUGAUCAUGCUGUAUCCUGUUCCUGCCAUCGACAAUUUCCUGGAGAUUGUGUGUGUUCCCCAUGAAUGGCGCAUAACAGUGGUCAUCAUUGUCCUAGUGAACGCUGUUGUGUCUUUCCUAUUGGAGACUUUGGUCCUUGACAUCAUCUUAUGGAAGCUGGUGUUCAGUCGAGACAAGCAGGGGGGCAGCGAUGGCAUGGCCGUCACCUCCGCUACUCUCACACCUCAGUCUGCUAAUGAGCGUUGGUGCACGGCGUUCAUCUCCUGGCUGUUCUGUCGGAAGGGGAAGACCCCCAGAGUGCGCUACAUGCAAGUCGCCCAGGAGCUGCAGGAGGACCCCGACUGGCCCCCCAAACCUGCUACCGUCACCUACACCACCAGCACCCCCCACCACACUGUCAGCAUGUGACACAUGGCCACAAAAAAAUAUAUUUAACCAGGCAUGUCAGUUAAUAACAAAUUCUUAUUUACAAUGACGGCCUACCCCGGCUAAACCCUCCCCUAACCCGGACGACGCUGGGCCAAUUGUGUGCCGCCCUAUGGUACUCCUGAUCAUAGCCAGUUGUGAUACAGUCUGGGAUCGAACCAGGGUCUCCAGUGAUGCCACUAGCACUGAGAUGCAGUGUCUUAGACCACUGUGCAACUCAGGAGGCAUACAGUACCCAGUCUAGAACCUUCCAUUCCCCGGACCAGGUUUAUAACCAGCAUCAAGUAUAGUACCUUCCUUUGCCUGGACAAGUAGGGCUGUGAUGAUACCAGUAUAGCAAUACUUUUUCCAUGGCAAAAAUGAAAACAUGAAGCAGACCAAACUCUUAGGUAUUUUAAAAAUCUGCUGUAAGUAAAAUAUUGUCUGCAAUAGGCAGGUUGGUUGUUGAGUAACAAAACGGACGCGUGCGCAACUAUGAGGAAAAACAGAUGGGUUGGCUUAGAUUGUUAUAAUAAAUUAUAUUUAUUCUCCAAUGUUUAUUGAAAAGCAAAAUCCAUUUGCACAAUGAGCACUUGUCUCUCAAAUACAUUGUAACAGUUGUUAGCUAGCUAGCGAAUUUGAGCCAUAUUAGCAUUGACAUGAAAUCAGUCAAAACACCUCAAAACAAGACAUGGUAUCAAGAAGAUGAAACUAGCUGAAAUGAGUCACUUGCGAUUCCCCACAUGGCAGUUUCUUGUAAUUGUUGGUAUCUAUCUAGCCAUCCAGAAUCACAACAAUGCAGACUUCUGCCCCAUUUGAUGUGUGUGCAUCGUUUUCGUGACAUUGUCAGCUAACCCAUCUAUAGCUAGGAAAAUAAAUAAAUGUGACUCCAACAUAAGGGCUGUUUUCCUAAAGAAGUUAAAUCUGCUUCGUUUUCCUAUCCAAGAUAAUAACAAGUAUCGUCCUGUCCCUAGUUUAUAACCAAUAUCCAUUGCCUGGACAACUGACCUAGUUUAUAACCAAUAUCGAGUCUAGAACCUUCCAUUGCCUGGACAACUGACCUGGUUUAUAACCAAUAUCGAGUCUAGAACCUUCCAUUGCAUAGACAACUGACCUGGUUUGUAACCAAUAUCGAGUCUAGAGCCUUCCAUUGCCUGGACAACUGACUGGUUUAAAACCAAUAUUGAGUCUAGAACCUUCCAUUGCCUGGACAACUGACUAGUUUAUUACCAAUAUCGAGUCUAGAACCUUCCAUUGCCUGGACAACUGACCUGGUUUAUAACCAAUAUUGAGUCUAGAACCUUCUUUUGCCUGGACAACUGACUAGUUUAUUACCAAUAUCGAGUCUAGAACCUUCCAUUGCCUGGACAACUGACUGGUUUAUAACCAAUAUCGAGUCUAGAACCUUCCAUUGCCUGGACAACUGACCUGGUUUAUAACCAAUAUUGAGUCUAGAACUUUCUUUUGCCUGGACAACUGACCUGGUUUAUAACCAAUAUUGAGUCUAGAACCUUCCAUUGCCUGGACAACUGACUGGUUUAUAACCAAUAUUGAGUCUAGAACCUUCCAUUUCCUGGACAACUGACUGGUUUAUAACCAGUAUCGAGUCUAGAACCUUCCAUUGUCUGGACAACUGACCUGGUUUAUAACCAAUAUCGAGUCCAGAACCUUCCAUUGCCUGGACAACUAGCCCCAUAUCCAGACUGUGAUCCGGUCAACUUCUUGACCAUAACUAGACCUUAACUGCUCCGUCCUUACCCAUAACCCCCAAACCACACAUAGAACCCCAGCAAUGUGACUACUGACAGGUUGCCCCAUACUGGGCACUUAUCACCCUCUUUUUGCUAUUAAUUUAGCCUUGGUGUUGAGGCCCAGAGAUGAUAUCUUUCCAAUACAGGGCUUGCCUUGCACUCACCACUGGUUGAUUUUUCAGCUUCACAAAGACUAAGAACUAUGGAAUCGUCCACUAACACUUUCUCACCUGCCUUGAUUGCUGCUCCAACGAAAUGUCAAGAGUUAAAGAGAACAUGUGUGAACAGGACCGUACUGAGGGAAAUGGAGGGAUUUUAUUUGAUUUUUUAUCAACACACCCAGAUUAUGCAUUUUGAAAGCACUGUGUGUGUGUUUUAAGCGUGAGUGGUACUACUGUAUUUGCCAAGAUUGAAUAACAUUCCAAUGCACCAAUAAUAUAUUGCUGUGUUUCUCUGAGAAUUUGCUACGCUUUAUGAAUGUAAUUCUUCCUGUGGAAGUAUGUGAGUGUCCGUGACUCUUGUGAAACCUGAACACUUGAGUUGAUCUGAUGCCUGUGUGUUUGUGCGUGUGUGUGCAGGGUCUUGGGCAAGACUUAAUAAAACAUUAUUGGGAUGGGAAAACAUUUUCAGUGCAAACUUAAAUGACUUAAACCAGAUAUAUAUAUGAUGAUCUUUGAGAACUAACAAUAUCCCCAAAUAAAAUCUAGCCCGUUAGGGAGAAUCAAAAAUUCGAAAAAUUAUGCAAUCAGUAUUUUUGUCAUGGCAUGGGGCCCCCAUUGAUUUUGUUAUGUUUGAGUCUCUCCGAUAGCAUAACAACGCAUAAACCAUGGCAAAAUGUGUAGAUUUGCUGAAAAUUUAUAUUGAAAAUUCUUCUCUCACAUGACAAAUGUGUAGAAUUGCAGGACAUAUUUAUCUGCGGCCAAGAGGGCCUCUAAAAUGUGCAGUCGGCAACCGCACUAUUCACCACGCUCCCGUCACAGCCACGAUCCUAACCCUAAUUUUGAUCCAGAAAAAAACCUGGUAGCUGUGUGCACGUACACUCCUGUACGUAUUUAUUUGGACGCUGAAGCUAAAACGUUUUAAUUCAGCUCUGUACUUUAGCAUUUUGGAUUUAAGAUUAAAUGUUUCAUAUGAGGUGACAGUACAGCAAGUCACCUUUUAUUUUCAGGUAUUUUCAUAUAUAUCUUUUACCAUUUAGAAAUGAAAGCACUUUAUGUAUCUAGUCCUCCCAUUUUAAAGGCGUCAAAUACUUGAAGCGUUCAAAUAGGUGGACUAAAUACAUGAAGGGCUUUAUUCUCUAAACUAUAAAACGGAUAUGUAUGAGAAUACCCUCAAAUAAAAGGUGACAUUCUGUACCAUCUCCUCAUAUGAAACAAUUGAUCUCUGUAGAAUAGCGGACCUAGAGUAUCCAAGUGAGGUGAUGGGUGGGAAUGAGGUGAUGUAACAUUUUGUAGCAUUUAUAAACCAUUGCACCUGACCUAAAUGCUGCUUUUAUUAAAGGGAAUUAUUUUGAAAAUAUAUCACAUUUUGAAUGUAUUUUAUAUUCUCUGAGAUUAACAGCUAAUUUUAAUAUCUGUUUUUUCAAUUUGUACAGUACAUGGUUUACAACUGAUGUAUCGCCUGUAUUGUCUAGUAUACACUACCGUUUAAAGGUUUGGGGACACUUAGAAAUGUCCUUGUUUUUGAAAGAAAAGCACACAAAAAAGUCCAUUAAAAUAACAUCAAAUUGAUCAGAAUUACAGUGUAGACAUUGUAAAUGUUGUAAAUGGCUAUUGCGGCUGGAAAAAGCUUUUAUCUUUUAUUUUUUAUAGAAUGUCUACAUAAGCGUACAGAAGCCCAUUAUCAGCAAUCAUUACUCCUGUGUUCCAAUGGCACGUUGUGGUAGCUAAUCCAAGUUUAUCAUUUUAAAGGCUAAUUGAUCAUUAGAAAAUCCUUUUGCAAUUAUGUUAGCACAGCUGAAAACGGCUGUGCUGGUUAAAGAAGCAAUAAAAAUGUCCUUCUUUAGACUAGUUGAGUAUCUGGAGCAUCAGCAUUUGUGGGUUCAAUUACAGCCUCAAAAUGUCCAGAAACAAAGAACUUUCUUCUGAAACUCAUUAGUCUAUUCUUGUUCUGAGAACUGAAGGCUAUUCCAUGCGAGAAGAUCUUGUACAACGCUGUGUACUACUCCUUCACAGAACCGUGCAAACUGUCUCUAACCAGAAUAGAAAGAGGAGUGGGAAGCCCCGGUGCACAACUGCAAAAGAGGACAUGUACAUUAGAUAGACUAGUUUGAGAAACAGACGCAUCACAAGUCCUCAACUGUCAGCUUCAUUAAAUAGUGCCCGCAAAACACCAGUCUCAACGUCAACAGUGAAGAGGCGACUCCGGGAUGCUGGCCUUCAAGGCAGAGUUCCUCUGUCCGGUGUGUGUGUUUUUUUUGCCCAUCUUAAUCUUUUAUUUUUAUUGGCCAGUCUGGGAUAUGUCUUUUUCUUUGCAAUUCUGCCUAGAAGGCCAGCAUCCCGGGGUCGCCUCUUCACUGUUGACGUUGAAACUGGUGUUAUUCUGGGACUAUUUAAUGAAGCUGCCAGCAUUAACAAUGUCUACACUGUAUUUCAUAUCAAUUUCAUGUGAUUUUUAUUUUAAAAAACAAGGACAUUUCUAAGUGACCUUAAACUUCUGAACGGUAGUGAACAUCCAAGCUUGAUGAUAUUGACCUAAACAUUUGUCAACAAUUACUUUGAAUAUAUCUCCCUGUAAAGGUCUCACCAGAAGUAUUAAAGGGAUAGUUCAGUGAAAUUAAAUAGUUUGAUAUUUGUUUCCUUACCUUUUUAAAUGUCAUGCUCAAAUCAUCUGUUAAAUAGAAUUUCUUGUUCAACGACUUGGUUUGAAAUGAUUUUAAGAUGAUUUGGGCAUCAAUAAACGGGGGAGAUUGACGUUCAUUGAUUUUUAGUCUGAAUAUGCUAAUAUUAGCCUUUGUUGGCAGUGGCUCGUUUAAGAAAGCCACAGUGUGGAUUGCAGUCUCUCCUUGUCCAUAUACAACUUUCAAGGUAAGAAAACAAAUCUAAGUAUGUAAUUUCACUAAACUAUCCUUUAAAUGCCUUACUGAUAGUCAGAACUACAAAAAAAAAAAUAAUUGUAAUGAUUGUUUACUUUUAAUUCCUUCCUUUCCUUUGUGAUGCAACUCACAAGGAAUGUGUGAUUUUCUGAAAAUGUCUACAAUAAUUUUGAUAUUUUCUCUUGUGUUUGCUCUGUAGAGAGGAUUGCAUAAAUGCCUUCUUCCAUUCUGACAACUUAACUCAACCAUUCCAUUUGCCAAUAAAUCUGUAUAUUAAAACA